AUGUUGGCAUGGCAGGACGGCGGGGCCAAGGCGGCCCCCUCCCACCACAAGAUCUCCUUCUCGGUUCUGGACAUCCUGGACCCGCAGAAAUUCACUCGUGCUGCGCUUCCGGCCGUGCGCCCUGCUCUUCGGGAAGCCAAGAAAAGUUUGGCAGAGGCCGAAGCAGGGAAGGACGCCACCCCGGGGGACCCAGCCCGGCAGCGAGAGACGCCUGAUGCUGCGGGCCGAGGCGCAGGAGCGGCGUCCCCCCUGGUGGGCUCUGAGGCGGAGGAGGCGGAGGAGGAGGAGGAGGAGGAAGACGCCGAGGAUGGGGGGCAGCGGCGGCGGGAGCGGGCUGCGCGCCUGCAGGAGGGCCCGACGCGCUUCCCGGAGGCUCGGGCUGGGGCCUUGGCGGCCGGGGAGCGCAGUAGCGGAGGCCUCGCGGGCUCCCCCGGCUCGCCGGGCUCCCCGCGGCCCCGGCGCCGGCGCUCAGAGCCCAGCUGCUCCAAGCCGCGGCGCGCGCGCACCGCCUUCACUUACGAGCAGCUGGUGGCCUUGGAGAACAAGUUUCGGGCCACGCGCUACCUAUCUGUGUGCGAGCGCCUGAACCUCGCACUGUCGCUCAGUCUCACCGAGACGCAGGUCAAAAUUUGGUUCCAGAACCGCAGGACCAAGUGGAAGAAGCAGAACCCCGGCGCCGAAGGCGCGGCGCAGGCGGCAGGUGGCGCGCCCCAGCCACCUGCGGCGGGGGCGGGCGGCGGCGGCUCGGGAGGCAGCCCGGGUCCGUCCGGCCCCGGCGCGAUGUCUUUCCAGACUUUCCCCUCCUACUCGGCGGCCAACAUCCUCUUCCCGGCCGCCGCCUCCUUCCCGCUGACAGCUGCCGCCGCCGCCGCAGCCGCCGGGGGCUCCUUUGCGCCCUUUCUCGGGCCCUCCUACCUGAACCCUUUCUACGCCCCGCAUCUAUGA